GUCAGCUUUCCUGAGGGGUAAGAAUCCUCUACUUUACACCCUAUUACCGUCUUCCUCAAAUCUGAGCAGAUCAAGAAAACUCAUCAUCAACCUUCAAGAUCCAGAGCCCAAGUUAUAAUUAUAAAAAGUAAAACUUCAAUAUGAAACUGUUAAUUCUCGUUUACGCUCUCUAAUCUGCGUCAGAAAACCAUCAUGGGUUCUUGAGAUCCCCAACACCCUCUCUCUCUCUCUCUCUCUCCCUCGAAACUUUUGAAAAUCUUCCCAACUCUUUUUUUCCCCCAUUCUUGGCUUCCUCUAAUGAUUCUUGGCGCCCGUACAGUCAUAUGCGAUCGAUAACUACGCUGCAUUUCCAGGAGAACGGCUUUGUUGCGGAUCGGAGAUGCGGAUUUUCAGUCCGGUCGCCGUUUUGUCGAUUUUACUUUCUUUUUUCGCAUCUGGGUCACACUCUAUAGAAAAUUUCCGUCAAGCGUUUCCUAUUAUAGAACCGGAUCCUGGCCACACAAAACUCCGCCUUUCAAGAGAAGGCUUGGAAGCUAUUGAGAGAAUCACCACCCCUAUAGCGGCUGUUGCGGUUAUUGGUCCAUAUCGUUCUGGAAAAUCGUUCCUGCUUAAUCAACUUCUAUCACUGUCAUGUUAUGAAGGUUUCGGUGUUGGGCACAUGCGCGAUACAAAAACUAAAGGUAUAUGGGUAUGGGGAGCUCCAGUGGAACUGGAUAUUGAUGGAGUUAAAACAUCUGUCUUCUAUCUUGAUACAGAGGGAUUUGAAAGUAUUGGGAAAUCAAAUGUAUAUGAUGACAGGAUUUUUGCCCUGGCAACUGUGAUGAGUUCUGUGCUUAUAUACAAUCUACCUGAGACGAUACGUGAAGCAGAUAUAUCUCGGUUAUCAUUCGCGGUUGAGCUUGCUGAAGAAUUUUAUGGAAGAGUGAAGGGGCAAGAUGUGGCUUUUGAACCCGCUAAGUUAUUAUGGUUAAUCCAGCGUGAUUUUCUACAAGGAAAGUCAGUGCAAGAAAUGGUUGAUGAGGCUCUCCGACGAGUCCCUAAUGCCAAUGGGGACAAGAAUAUUGAUCAGGUGAACCAGAUUCGUGAAUCUUUGGCUAUCAUGGGGGAUAAUAGCACAGCCUUUAGCUUACCUCAGCCCCAUCUUCUACGCACAAAGCUUUGUGACAUGAAGGACGAUGAACUUGAUUCUAUAUAUGUUAAGAAGAGGGAGCAGUUGAAAACAGUUGUAUCGUCUAUCAUCCGACCAAAGAUUGUCCAGGGUAAAUCUCUCAACGGGAAGGAAUUUGUUUCUUUUCUGGAGCAGAUUCUUGAGGCCCUAAAUAAAGGGGAGAUUCCAUCAACAGGGUCCCUUGUGGAGGUCUUCAAUAAGGGUAUUCUGGAGCGAUGUUUGAAACUGUAUAGUAGUCGUAUGAGUAAUUUGGGUUUGCCCACAUCGGAGGAGUCUCUCCAGCGAGCUCAUGAAGGUUCUAGUAAAGCAGCAAUGGAAGCUUUUGAUGAGCAGCAUUUUGGCCGUCAUCACGCCAAGAAAUCAGCUGAGCAGUUAGUUGAAGAAAUUGAGAAGGUAUACAAGAACUUUGUUCUGGCUAAUGAAUUACAAUCCUCAAAGCUGUGUGAGGCACUAUAUAUAAGAUGCGAGGAAAAAAUGGACCAACUUCAAGUCCUAAGACUUCCAUCUAUGGCUAAAUUUAAUGCAGGAUUCCUUCAAUGCAACCAAAGUUUUGAAAGAGAAUGUGUAGGACCUUCUAAAAGCAACUAUGAAAUGCGGAUGAUGAAGAUGUUGGGGAAAUCAAAAUCUCUAUUUAUCAAAGAAUACAACCACAGGCUUUUCAAUUGGUUGGUGGCCUUCUCACUUGUCAUGGUGGUGGUGGGUCGGUUUAUCAUAAAGUUUAUUCUGAUCGAGAUUGGAGCAUGGAUACUUUUUAUUUUCUUAGAGACGUACACGCGGAUGUUUUGGACCUCGGAAUCUCUUUAUUACAACCCAGUUUGGCAUGCUAUUGUGAGGACUUGGGAAGCGGUUGUCUACAGCCCUGUUCUUGAUUUAGACAGAUGGGCGAUCCCUCUUGGCGUAAUCGCAACGAUAUUGGUGCUCUAUUGGCGAUGUUAUGGGAAGCGAAAACGUUCACGUUGGGCAUUGCCUCUCUACAACAAUCAGAAAGACCAACGAAGAUCAGAAUGAAAGAUAUACACGAUGGAGCAUAUAUGUUGCUCUAUCGUCCCAUCAUUCAGCCUCAGGUGCUUUUUCAUUUUUAUAUACAAAGCAUACCUGGUUGAUAUCAGGUAGGUCGAAAAGAGAUCUCCUGGUGUUGGUGUUGUAACAAUUACUGUGAAAUGUACAAUGAUGGUCUCUUGAUCUAAUUCAGGCGGAAUUUUAUGUCAUAUAUAUCAAACGUGCACUUUAGCUGUUGGAUAUCUUGUCAUGAACCAUCUGACGAUGAUUUGCUCUCAAGCCUAAGAAGAAUGGUUUGGGACAUGGAGGGAUACAGAACCACAAUUGUUCUUAGCACUUUGACAACAUUAUUUGAGAUAUGGGCGCCUGGAUUCUGAUUUUGGUGGUGUAAAGCAAAUCCUACUAAUAUCUUCGUUUGUAUUUUCUAUGUCAACCGUAAAUUUGCAGUCUUGUCGCUGGACGGAGUGUCAAACGAGUUCGUUUAAGCCUAUUGGUAUUUAUUCUUAGGUUCAAAUC